ACCCGGAGCGAGCGAGGUGCGGGCCUGAAGGCGGCGGCGGCGGCGGGAGCCUGAGGCGCGGAGGCUCCGCGGCGCGGAGAGAGAGGCCUACUGAAAAUGACUGAGUAUAAACUCGUGGUAGUUGGAGCUGGUGGCGUAGGCAAGAGUGCCUUGACGAUACAGCUAAUUCAGAAUCACUUUGUGGACGAGUAUGACCCUACCAUAGAGGAUUCCUACAGGAAACAAGUAAUAAUUGAUGGAGAAACCUGUCUCUUAGAUAUUCUCGACACAGCAGGUCAAGAGGAGUACAGUGCAAUGAGGGACCAGUACAUGAGGACUGGGGAGGGCUUUCUUUGUGUAUUUGCCAUAAAUAAUACUAAAUCAUUUGAAGAUAUUCACCAUUAUAGAGAACAAAUUAAAAGAAGACUGGGUGUUGAUGAUGCCUUCUACACAUUAGUCCGAGAAAUUCGAAGACAUAAAGAAAAGAUGAGCAAAGAUGGUAAAAAGAAGAAAAAGAAGUCAAAGACAGUGUAUAAUUAUGUGUCAUACCUGGGCAGGGUUAUUGGUUUCUUCCCUCCCUUGGAAGCUUAUAUGAUACCUUCUGGUGGCAUGAAAACUGGUCCUCAUGGAGGAGGCUUUCAAAUCAACUCCAGCACAGGGGCCUCUAGGCUCCACGUCUCAAGCACAUUGUGUCUUUAG